AUGGCGCAACACGGCUUCAACCAAAUGGCUGGCGCACACGGAGGUGACAGCAUCAACCCAAAUGACCUCAACAUGGUGGGCAACUACGGUUCUUCUUAUCAGAACGCCUUCAGUGGCAACAGCAACCAGCAAAACUCAUACGGAAAUGGAUCGGCAUUGUUUGGGGAUGACGAGCUCCUCGAAGGCCUCGCAAGCCCAACUGACACAUCGCCAAACAUGCACAGCAAUGGCCCUGACUUUGGUAGUAUGAACGAGAUGACUAUGGGCGGUUACUCAAACUCAAUCUACACAACUCACGGCAUGCCGAUGGAUCAAAACCGCAUAAGCGGCUAUUCAAACACACCAGAAGGCGAUCCAAUCCAGAGCCCUUUCGCGCACAAUUUCAACCAGUAUCGCCAGAUGCAGCACCCUCAGUCGUUCGGAAACUCGCUCCAGUCUCCCAUAUACGGAGCCUCGCCACUUCCUGGUUCUGAGAUCAACCACGAUGCUGACCCAAAUUACAUGAGCUCCAAAGUUCGCCCUCGGAUACCGACUGCUAUGGCGCGCAAGUCCUCAGGCGGUCGCACACCCAUGACGCCAAAGGCAUCUGCAGCCAUGGCCAGCUUGACUAUUGGUUCUGCAGAUUCCUUCAACCCUCAGCCAAUCAGGACGAACGGCGCACACCACGAGAAGGCACACUCAGGCCAGUGGCUGAACACGCCCAACAGCAUUGGCUCGUACCCAGGUUCUGGCUUCUCGUCACCGAUUCAGCCCGGCCUGCACAGCGCCCAGAUUAAUGACAUUCUACUCAAGGGUGGCACUUCGAUGCCUGCGAAGCUGAACUCACCCCUCACUUCAACCCAAGAGGCCAAACGCAAGAGGAGGCGAGAAUCUCACAACCUCGUGGAGAGGCGACGUAGAGACAAUAUCAACGAGAGGAUUCAGGAUCUUAGCAAACUGGUUCCUCAGCAUCGUCUCGAGGAUGAGAAGAUCAAGAAGCUCAUCCAGAACGGGACUCCGCUUUCCCCCACACUUGCCGGCAUUUCAAGCCCAUCACAAGCAACAUCUGGCCUUGCAGGUCCUGGAGCCAGGCGAGCCGCAGGAGGAAGCACAGGAAACAUUACAACAGGACUCCCCAUUGACGACAAGGACAAGGGGCCAAACAAGGGAGACAUCCUCAACGGUGCUGUCAGCUGGACGCGCGACCUGAUGUGGAUGCUCCAACUCAAGCUUCAACAACAAGAGGAAAUGGCCAACUACAUCAUCGAGAUUGGUGGUCAGGUCCCCUUCGAGCCUACAGAUGACGAGAAGCGUAUGCAGUCGGAGCUCGCUGAGGCCAUGCAAAGGUGCGAAAUGGCUGAGGAGGGCAAAAAUUUUACCUACUCGCGUCGUGCUGGAUCUGGCCUCCGAGUUCCGCACCACACCGAUUACAAAGGGGAGCCUCUGGAUGGCACCAACAGGAAUGCCGUUGACGGCGUGUCUUCACUCAGCCCUGGCGGCACAAUGACAAAUGACGUGGGCCUAGGUUCCGACCUUGGCAAUCAUGGUCAAGGCCCCUUCUGGAACGAGGAUGACGACGGUAGCGGCGAGCUUGAUUUCAAGGAAGAGGACGAGUACAUGGACUUGAAUUAG